AGUCGAUCAGUUGCUGGCGUGCGCUCUAACCCUGCGGGUGUGUGUGAUCGAGUUAAAAAGGAGAACGCGUCCGAGGACGAAAACGAAAUUGAAGAAAGAAUCGAAUAUAAAAUUCAGUGUCAUUCCCGCCGUAUCCUUACUGGCCAUGCGCAGGCGCAAAGUGCAGAAUCAUUUCAACAGUGAGCGACAGUGUGCGAAAUAAUUAAAACUCAAGUGGCAAAACCCCCCACCAACCGGACAGAGAAAACAUUUCAAGUGUCAAGCCACGGCACCAGCCUCGAUUUAAGUAUUUGCGUGUGAAAAUUCGUGGAAUUCCAACCCGCAGCGGCACGGCCCCGUCGAUUAUUGUGCCAAGAAGGAGCCGCAAAAUGGAUUUAUCGAGGCGGUUGUGUACAACUGCCUUGAUAGCAUUCAUUGUAUUGGCUGGCAUACCAGACUCCCAGAGUAGAUUUCCUGGACUGCGACAAAAAAGACAAUAUGGCGCAAAUAUGUAUUUGCCGGACAGCUCUGUGACGCCCGGCGGCGAGGGUGACGAUCCCAACGAGUGGACGGAAUGGAGUUCGCCCUCGGAUUGCUCACGCACCUGCGGCGGCGGUGUGUCCUACCAGACGCGUGAAUGUCUGCGAAGAGACUACAACGGCGAGGCAGAGUGCAGCGGCGGCAAUCGUCGUUAUUAUUCGUGCAACACGCAGGACUGCCCGGAGGAGGAUCCCGAUUUUAGAGCCUUGCAAUGCUCUCGCUUCGAUGAUCAGCGCUUCGAUGGCGUCUUGUACGAGUGGGUGCCCUAUCUGGGUGCACCCAAUCCCUGCGAGCUGAACUGCAUGCCGCGCGGCGAACGCUUCUACUACCGCCAGAAGGAGAAGGUGGUCGAUGGCACCCGCUGCAACGACAAGGAUCUGGAUGUGUGCGUCGAUGGGCAGUGCAUGCCCGUCGGCUGUGACAUGAUGCUGGGCAGCGAUGCCAAGGAGGACAAGUGCCGCAAGUGCGGCGGCGAUGGCAGCACCUGCAAGACGAUUCACAACACUUACAGCUCCAGCGACCUGGCCCCUGGCUACAAUGAUCUGCUGCUCGUGCCACAGGGCGCUACCAACAUCAAGAUCAUCGAGACUGCCCCGUCCAACAAUUAUUUGGCAUGCCGCAACCUCUCGGGGCAUUACCAUCUAAAUGGCAACUGGAGGAUUGACUUUCCCCGUCCCAUGUUCUAUGCGGACUCCUGGUGGAAUUAUCAGCGCAAACCCAUGGGCUUUGCCGCACCCGAUCAGCUCACCUGUCCCGGACCCAUCUCCGAGAGCAUCUUCAUUGUGAUGCUGGUGCAGGAGCGUAAUGUGAGCAUCGACUACGAGUACAGCAUCCCAGAGUCCCUGAGCCACAGCCAGCCGGACACGCACACGUGGACGCAUCGCGAGUUUGGGCCAUGCAGCGCCUCCUGUGGCGGCGGCACUCAGUCCCGCAAAGUCACCUGCAAUAAUCGAGUGAACCUGCAAGAGGUGGACGCCGCACUCUGCGAGAAGGAGUCCAAGCCAGAGGAGGAGCAAGCCUGCGGCACAGAGCCCUGCGCCCCACACUGGGUGGAGGGUGAGUGGAGCAAGUGCUCCAAGGGCUGCGGCUCCGAUGGCUUCCAAAACCGCUCUGUGACCUGCGAGCGAAUCUCUUCGGAUGGCGAACACACAGUGGAGGACGAUGCCGUGUGCCUCAAGGAGGUUGGCAACAAACCCGCCACAGCCCAGGAGUGUAAUCGUGAUGUCAAGAACUGCCCCAAGUAUCAUUUGGGCCCAUGGACACCCUGCGACAAGUUGUGCGGCGAUGGCAAGCAGACCCGCAAGGCCACUUGCUUCAUCAAGGAGAACGGCAAGAAGCGCGUGCUGCCCGACGAGGAUUGUGUGGAGGAUAAGCCAGAGGUGGAGAAGACUUGCCUGCUGGCACCCUGCGAGGGCGUAGACUGGAUCAUCUCUCAAUGGAGUGGAUGCACCGCUUGUGGCCAGAACACGGAAACCCGCACUGCCAUUUGCGGCUCUAAGGAUGGCAAGGAGUACCCAGAGGAGUUCUGUCAGCCAGAGGUGCCAACGCUCUCCCGCCCCUGCAAGUCACCCAAGUGCGAGGCUCAAUGGUUCUCAUCGGAGUGGAGCAAAUGCUCCGCUGCCUGCGGCAAGGGUGUCCAAUCCCGCAUCGUCAUCUGCGGCGAAUUCGAUGGCAAGACUGUCAGCCCCGCCACCGAUGACAGCAAGUGCAACAAGGACAAAAAACCGGAACAGGAGCAGGACUGCGAGGGCGAGGAGAAGGAGUGCCCAGGCGAAUGGUUCACCGGACCCUGGGGCGAGUGCAGCAAACCCUGCGGCGGCGGAGAGCGCACACGCGAGGUCCUGUGCCUGGCCAAUGGCACCAAGGCGCUCAACUGCGAUGAGUCCAAGCUGGAGUCCAUAUCCGAGAAGUGCAACCCAGAGGCCUGCACGGAAGAUGAGAUUCUGCCACUGACCAGCACCGAUGCACCCAUCGAGGACGAUGAGGACGACGACUGCGACGAGGAUGACAUGGAACUGGUCACCGACAGCCUGCCCGAUGAGCAGAAGAUCUCCUCCGAUGGCGUUGAUCUCGAUGACGAAGCCAAGACAGAGUCCACGCUCUUCACCGACGAACUGAUGCUCAGCGACAGUCCCGACACGACGGCCUUUGAUGCCUCUGCUGCGACAGCCACCACGGUGGAGGGUUCGGGCGAGGACACAGACUCCACAACGGACAGCGGCAUUUCGACUGAGGGCAGCGGAGAUGAUGAGGAAACGUCUGACGGAACAACGGGUGUGUCCAGCUCCACGGAUGCUUCGUCUAGCGACUCUAGCGAUUCCAGCGAUUCCAGCGAUUCCACAACCGAUGCCAGCGCAUCUUCAGUCUCUGAUUCAAGCGGCUCCACGGAUGAGUCCACGGAAGUUUCUGGUGGCUCGACAGAUGCUUCGAGCGCUACUGAAUCGUCCAGUUCCGACACCACAGAUGUCUCCAGCUCCACGGAGGUCUCAGGCUCCACAGAUGUCUCAGGCUCCACAGAUGUCUCUGGCUCCACCGAUGUUUCCAGCUCCACGGAUGCCUCAGCCUCUACCGAUGUUUCAGGCUCCACGGAUGCCUCAAGCUCCACGGAAGUUUCGGGCUCCACAGACUCCACCAGCGACUCCUCUGACAAAACCUCCGACAGCAGCGACUCAACAACUGUGGCGACGUCUGAUUCCAGCGACACCACUGAAGGUUCCAGCGAUUCCACAGACGUUUCCCGCUCCACGGAGAGCUCCUCGGACAGCACCAGUGAUGGCACUUCCUCUUCGACAGAGUCCUCUGCCUCGACUGAAUCCACUUCGGAGGACACAACUGAAACCACACCUGAGACGUCGACAGACACCACAGAGUCCACGCUGGAUGCUUCCUCCACCACGGAUGCCUCCUCCACGAGCGAUGAUUCAUCCUCCACGAGUGAUGAUUCCUCCUCCACGAGUGAUGCCUCCUCCAGCAGUGUUGCCUCCAGCGAGAGCACAUCAGAUGGCAGCACAACGGACACCACAGAGACUACAACUGCCUCCUCAUCCGACUCCUCCUCCUCAACCUCCUCUUCAGACAGCACUGAAACGACAGACUCGUCCAGCGAUGGUUCAACGACAGAGAGCGGCAGCACUGUGGAGAGUUCCACGGAUGUCAGCUCCAGCGAUGGCUCCACCGAAUCACCUGAUUCCACUUUGUCCACGGAAUCCACAGAGGCAGCGAGCACAGACACCACCGAAAGCACAGAGGCUGGCUCCAGCGAAGGCUCCACCACAGAGGGCAGCACCGUUGAGGAUGUGUCCGGUUCCACGAGCUCCACAGAUGCCACAGAAUCCACUGCCACGGAGUCUUCAUCCUCCACUGACGUUUCGGGAUCAACGGAAGCAACAGAGUCCACGGAAUCCACCGAUGCCUCGGCAUCCACCGAUGCUUCAGAGUCUACGGAGAGCGGUGGCACCACAGACACCACCGAAAGUGGAGCCACCGAGGAGAGCACCUCCGAGGGAUCCACCGACAGCACCACCGAAGGAUCCACCGACAGCACGCAGUCCACAGAGCUGGGCAGCGGCACCAGCGACAUUUGGGGCUCCACCGACAACGAGGAGGAGUCCAGCACCCCGAACACCUGGGAGUCGGCCAUCACCAAGGACAAGCCACGCAAGUGCAAGCCCAAGAAGAAGGAGUGCGCCAAGUCCAAGUACGGCUGCUGCCCCGACGGCAAGUCCACACCUAAAGGACCCUUCGACGAGGGUUGUCCCAUACCCAAGACCUGCGCUGAUACCAAAUUUGGAUGCUGCCUGGAUGGCGUAUCUCCAGCGGAGGGCAAGAACAACAAGGGCUGCCCCAAGUCUCAGUGCGCCGAGACGCUGUUUGGCUGCUGCCCCGACAAUUUCAGCGCCGCCGAGGGCGAGGACAAUGAGGGAUGCCCCGAGACAACGACCGUGCCACCCACCACCACCACGGAGGAGUCGCUGCCAGAGUCCACCACGGAGAUUGAGGGUUCCGGCAGUGAUUCCACACAGGUGCCCGCUCUCGAGGACAAGUCCUGCUCCUUUGCUGAGUUUGGCUGCUGUCCGGAUGCCCAGACCCCGGCCAAGGGCGAGAACUUUGAAGGCUGCACCGCUCCAGAGACACCCAAGGGCUGUGGUCAGUCCGAGCAUGGAUGCUGCCCAGAUGGACGCACAGCUGCUGCUGGUCCCGGGGGUGAGGGCUGCUCGGCCUGCACCCGCGAACAGUUUGGCUGCUGCCCCGACUCCGAGACGCCUGCCCAUGGACCGAACGGCGAGGGCUGCUGCCUGGACUCUGCCUUUGGCUGCUGCCCCGACAACAUUCUGGCCGCACGAGGACCCAACUUUGAGGGCUGCGACUGCCACUACACGCCGUACGGUUGCUGUGCGGACAAGCAGACUGCGGCUCGUGGCUACAACCAGGAGGGCUGCGCCUGCGAGACGACUCCCCAUGGCUGCUGCCCCGACAAGAUAUCUGCUGCGAAGGGACCGAAGUUCGAGGGUUGCCCCUGCGAGACGACACAGUUUGGCUGCUGCCCCGAUGGACUCACCUUUGCCAAGGGACCCCACCACCACGGCUGCCACUGCACCCAGACGGAGUUCAAGUGCUGCGAGGACGAGAAGACACCCGCAAAGGGUCCCAACUUCGAGGGCUGCACCUGCCUGGAGAGCAAAUUUGGCUGCUGCCCCGAUGGCGUCAGCAGUGCCACGGACGAGAAGUUCGGCGGCUGCGAGAAUGUGCUGGAGCCACCGCAAAAGGCCUGCGCCCUGCCCAAGGAGACGGGCACCUGCGGCAACUUCAGCGUCAAAUAUUACUUCGAUACGAGCUACGGAGGAUGCGCACGGUUCUGGUAUGGCGGCUGCGAUGGCAAUGCCAAUCGCUUCGAGACGGAGGCCGAGUGCAAGGACACCUGCCAGGACUACACGGGACAGCAUGUGUGCCUGCUGCCCAAGAGCGUGGGCCCCUGCACGGGCUUCACCAAGAAAUGGUACUUCGAUAUGGAUCGCAAUCGUUGCGAGGAGUUCCAGUACGGCGGCUGCUAUGGCACCAACAAUCGCUUUGAUAGCCUCGAACAGUGUCAAGGAACUUGUGCGGUCAGCGAGAGUAUUCCCACCUGCGAACAGCCUGUGGAGAAUGGUCCCUGUGCUGGCAACUUUGAGCGUUGGUACUAUGACAACCAGACGGACAUCUGCCGACCCUUCACCUAUGGCGGCUGCAAGGGCAACAAGAACAAUUAUCCCACGGAGCAUGCGUGCAGCUACAACUGUCGCCAGCCGGGCGUACUCAAAGAGCAAUGCUCACUUCCUAAGCAAACUGGUGAUUGCAGCGAACGGCAUGCCAGGUGGCACUUCUCGGAGAGCGAGAAGCGCUGCUUGCCCUUCUACUACACUGGUUGUGGUGGCAACAAGAACAGUUUCCCCUCAUUGGAGUCCUGCGAGGACCAUUGUCCCCGGCAAGUUGCCAAGGACAUCUGCGAGAUCCCUGCCGAGGUGGGACAGUGCGCGAACUACGUCACCGCCUGGUACUACGACACCAAGGACGAGAGCUGUCGCCAGUUCUACUACGGCGGCUGUGGCGGCAACGAGAAUCGCUUUGCCAGCGAGGAGGCCUGUCUGUCGCGCUGCGAGAAGAAACCCGAACCCACAACCCCACCACCAGCACCAGCACCCAGCACCGUGGAUGUGUGCCGCGAACCAGCGAAUGUUGGCGACUGCGAUCAGUACACGCUCAAGUGGCACUUUGAUGCAGAGGCUGGCGCGUGUCGCCAGUUCUACUAUGGCGGCUGUGCUGGCAAUGGCAAUCGCUUUGAGACUGAGUCCGACUGCCAGCAGCGCUGUGCCAGUCCACCGACAGAGACCCGACGACCAGCUCCACCAGAGACUAGGGAACCUGCUCCAACACAGACUCGUGAGCCUGCUCCAGCUGCUGUCCAUCAGUGUGAUCAGCCACCUGCCGUCGGCGACUGCGAUGAGUAUGUGCUCAAGUGGAACUUCAAUGCGACUGCCGGUCGCUGCCAGCAGUUCUACUACGGCGGCUGCGGCGGCAACGAUAAUCGUUUCGAGUCCGAGCAGGAGUGCUCCGAUCGCUGCUCGCCCAGCGUAGACAAUCGUUUCGGACAACCAGAACCAGAGCCGCAGCCAGAGCCUCAGCCAGAGCCCGAGCCAGAACCCGAGGAGCCACGCUCAGAGCCAGACACUGCCAAGUGCUUCCUGCCCGCCGAGUCGGGCAAUUGCUACAACAACGAGACUCGCUGGUUCUACAACAGCCGAGAGGGACUCUGCGACGAGUUCGUGUACUCGGGCUGCGGCGGCAAUGCCAACAGCUAUGCCAGCGAGGAGGAGUGCCAGAACGAGUGCAAUGAUGCCCAGACCACCUGCUCGCUGCCACCAGUGCGCGGACGCUGCGAGGACCUGUCCCGCCGCUGGUACUUUGAUGAGCGCAGUGGCGCCUGUCACGAGUUUGAGUUUACCGGCUGCCGCGGCAAUCGCAAUAACUUUGUGUCCGAGCGGGAGUGUUUGGGCUACUGCAGGGAUCAGGCCUUGUCUGAGCCACAACCAGCAGCACCAACCUACUCCGUGUGCACUCAGGCACCCGAGGCUGGCGAGUGUGAUAACCAUACGACAGCCUGGUUCUACGACAACGAGAAGAUGGCCUGCACGGCCUUCUCCUACAGCGGCUGUGGCGGCAAUGGCAAUCGCUUCGAGACGCGUGACCAGUGCGAGCGCCAGUGCGGCGAGUUCAAGGGCGUGGACGUUUGCAAUGAGCCAGUGACGACGGGUCCCUGCACUCAGUGGCAGACUCGCUACUAUUUCAAUCGCGAUACGCGCACCUGUGAGCCGUUCACCUACGGCGGAUGUGAUGGAACUGGCAAUCGCUUUGACGGCCUCUACGAGUGUCAAACCGUUUGCAUUGCGGCCCGCGAGCCGGAGCCGUCAGUGGGUACGGCUAAAGAAAUGUGUCUGCUGCCCCUGGUUACCGGCCGAUGCAAUGGACCGUCGGUGCAGGAGCGUCGUUGGUAUUAUGAUGAUGAGCGCGGCACCUGUGUGUCCUUCAUCUACUCGGGUUGCUCCGGCAAUCAGAACAACUUCCGUUCGUUUGAAGCAUGCACGAAUCUCUGCGGAAAGCCCGUGGACAACGAGAUUGACAAUGAGAUUGGACAGGGUCGCUGUGAUAGCUUCGAGAACGAGUGCCGUGAGCUGCGCUGCCCGUAUGGCGUGCGCCGUGAGGCUGAUCGCUCCCAGCCGGAGUGCACCAAGUGCCUGUGCGAGAACCCAUGCGAGAGCUACUCCUGCCCCGAGGGCCAGCAGUGUGCCAUUGAGAUUGCCAACACCGGAGAUCGUCAGUUUGCGCCCGUCUGCCGCGACACCAACAAGCCCGGAGUGUGCCCCGGACUGGCGGCCAAUGCCAGCAGCUGCGCCCAGGAGUGCUACACCGAUGCUGAUUGCCGUGGCGAGAACAAGUGCUGCAGCGACGGCUGUGGUUAUCUCUGUGUGCAGCCCGCCCGCCCCACACAGCGGCCUAGCACUCGUGCGCCCACAGUCAUCUAUCCGGGCGAGAGCAGGGCCGUACUGGAGUCCAAGCAGCCACAGGAACUGGAUGUGCAGACCUCCAUCGGUGGCAUCGCUGUGCUGCGGUGCUUCGCCACUGGCAAUCCAGCGCCCAAUAUCACCUGGUCGCUCAAGAAUGUGGUGAUCGAUACGAACCAAGGACGCUAUGUCCUGACUUCGAAUGGUGAUCUGACCAUCGUGCAGGUGCGCCAAACCGACGACGGCACCUACGUUUGCGUGGCCAGCAAUGGCCUGGGCGAGCCAGUGCGCCGUGAGGUUGCUCUCCAAGUGACAGAGUCCGUAGAUACACCCGCAUAUGUGUACGGCAACAAGAAUGUUACCCAGAUCGUGCAGUUGAACAGACAGGCGGUGAUACGCUGCCCAGCGGGUGGCUAUCCGCAGCCGCAUGUCAGCUGGUGGCGCAACAACAAUCUGUUCGGCAAUCGCGAGCGCGGACGUGCGGAGAUGGCACGCGACUUCUCGCUGCUGUUCCGCUCCAUCCAGCUGUCGGAUCUGGGCCUGUACACCUGCGAGGUGUACAACAAGCGUGGACGCCCCGUCUCGCUGCGUGUCACACUGAAGGCGGUGGGUCCGGCCCGUGCCCUGACCAACGAGGAUGCCCAGUACUUGCAGUAUGUGAUAGAUCCGGCCACGGCGCCGGUCACACAGAGACCCAGCUACCCCUACAGACCCUCGCGUCCGGUCUAUGUGCCCCCACCUACAGUUAACGCCCAGGCGCUGGUGGCACUGGAUCCCAAGAACAGCUACUCCCCCGGCUCCACCAUUGCUCUUAGCUGCUCAGUGCAGGGCUAUCCAGAGCCCAAUGUGACAUGGACCAAGGACAACAUACCGCUGUACAGCAACGAGCGUAUACAGAUUACAUCCCAGCCACAUCGACUGGUUGUCAGCGAUGUGAGCACCGAGGACACUGGCAUCUACGGCUGCAAGGCUAGCAAUGCGUUCAGCUACAGCGUCAGCCAGGAGACGGUUACCAUUCAAUCUGUCAUACCGGUAUCGCCCGAGUGCAUUGACAAUCCGUUCUUUGCCAACUGCAAGCUGAUUGUGAAGGGCAGAUACUGCAUCAAUCAGUACUAUGCCCAGUUCUGCUGUAGAUCCUGCACGCUGGCCGGCCAAAUUGCGCAGCCUCAUCCCAAUGCGCUGUAAUUCCACACCUAAGCACACCCACGAAGAGAAGCAGAAUUUUUGAAUUUUGAGUUUAAGCACACGACACACACAACACAACAAAACACAGAAAUAAUAAUUAGCAUUAGCCUCAGAAGCAGAGAGACCAAAAAGCCAAAACACAACUACACAGCCAUCACAGCCUACAGAUCAACAAAGAACGAACGAAAAGAACAUUUAAUUUAGUUUUUAACACUUCUGCCAGAGCAAUAUGUCACAUAGUAUUAGUGUGUUUCCGUAUGUUUGUGUUCCUAUUUAUUCUUGAGUAACGUUCAAAAUCCAAACCAUCGAGAGGAGAGCGGCUAAAACGAAUUUUCAUUUUACUUUCUUAGCAUCUACUCUCUACGAUCUAUUUGUGCAACGAGUAAAGCAUUUAAGCCUAAAAACAAAAUAAUUGUAAAUAAAUUAAAACUACAUAAUAAAGAGCGCAUAUGUA